GAACCCGAGCGCAGUAGUGAAGCGGCAAAGCGGCAACGCUGCGCAGCGGCAAAACACAAUUGAUGACGUGCUCGAGAGAGGAAACCCCCCCGCAGAGAACACUUUCAUAUCGCUGGCGCAGCAGCACCAUUUAGCCCCCCUCCCGUUUAACUAACCAAAGGGAAUUCGCGCCAAGUGCCGAUGUAGAACAAUCGCAUCUGCUUUUUGCGCAAGGAGGGAAACCAUUUGUGUGGCUCCCCCUUUAGGAAUGCAUCCCAUCAGUAUAAGCAAGUGCUCAUUUAGCAAAUAUACAUACCGCUCUGCAUAGUAAGGUACAAAAGAAGGCACCGAAGGAGGCUGCCACAUUUGUCAUUAGGCUGCACCAUUACCACCUCUGAGAAGCGCGAAAAGGGGUAGAGGGCCAUUCCCUCCGUCGCAGAUCAUGGCAGCGUGGCGAACGUUCUGAAUUGCAGACUCGAACUGAUCGCGCCUCGCAGAAGGGUGAGGAGGCGCGCUGGAAGGAAGAGCCGCAUAUAUGUAUGUAUAUAUACACAUAUUUGUGAGGGAGAAACGCUAACUUCAUGCCCUGCAUGCCCCCCCUGAGAGCGCCGCAAACUCCCACCACGCAGAACAACAUGCACGAAGACCUAAAGGAACUGAGCAACUACAAAUAUGAAGAAGAGUCCGAUGACAACUCGAGGACCUCCAACUCGGAAGACGACGACGAAAUUGAAGAAGAAAUUGACAUUUACCUGAACAACAUUAACGAAAAUAACCUGAACAGUAUUAACACGUAUCUUAUUCAGUACCCCCUGAGGCCAAAGUACAGGCCAUAUAACUACACAAACAACAUCCAAAAGAUAUAUGCUUGUAAAAACUAUAGCAAAUUGAAGCAAAUAAAAAGUAAAUGCAACACAAAUGAAGAGACGUACAUUUUCGAGUACAAACUGCACGAAUAUAUGAAGGAGGAGGAUUCGCACGACUCCAUUACCAUCUAUAGGGACUCAGAAAAUGAAAGGAAUGUAAGCAGACUAAUCAGCACCAGUGUUCUAUGCGAAUAUAUAACCAACUGCGUCUGCCUAUUUCAAUAUAACGAAAUUAAGAAGAAGAAAGAAAUUUACAUGGUCCCUUUGAAGCACAUCUACCAGUUUAAGCCCUGUCAUGAUACCAUCAAAUUGGGUACGGAUGUAGAAGGGGAGAGUAAACCCAGUGAACAACCUGCCCAGGCAAACAGUGCAAAAGAAAGUGCCGAACAGGGGGAGGGUAAGAAGUACCCAAGUGAAACCAACCAACCGGCUACUACAGCAGACCAUCAAUGGACCAGCAUUGUAAAUAUUUAUGAACCGGAUUCGCUAGAGGCUCACGAAAUGCUGGAGCUCUUCACCAAUGUCAGCAACAAAAGGGACAUUCUCAGUUGCAGGGAUGACGCGGGGGGGAGUAGCACCGUCAAUGAUAACCCCGCCAGUGGUAACCCCGCCAGUGGUAACUCCGCCAGUGGUAACUCCGCCAGUGGUAACUCCUUGGGGGAGAGCCCCAAUGGGGAAGCCCCCCAAAUAAGGUUCCACAACGAUGGACAGCUGUACCUAAAUCAUAUGUGCAAAAACGCCAAGGAGGAUAACACGAGUCAUUUGCCUUCAGAUGGAAAUGUAAAGGACCGCAAGGCGAAGGACAGCAGCAGACACGGUAGCAGCGCUAUGCAGAGAAACGAGGAAGACGUGAGCAACAGUCUCAAUAUGCUCUAUUUCUUUUCGCUAAAUCUGGAUGAGCAAAUUUUAAAAAUAAUGAGGCUGAAAAAUGUUCAAAAAUUUGGAGAAAUUCAAAAAAUCAUAAAAAAAAAUAUCGACCAGGAAAUUUUGCUCAACACGGUGCAGAAAUACUGCGUGAAUGUCCUGGGCCUGUGGAUCAUCAAGUCGAAGUACUUGUAUAAAUUUUUGAAAGGAAAGGAGCCGAAAGGGGAGGGUGAAAAGAAAGAUAAACAGGGGGAAAAUUUCUCCUACGUGGAUUACAAAAUAAGAGUUCGCGAUUUAUUACUGGUGAUUAUAUUUAAGCAGGUAGAGCCCAUUUUGCUGAAGCAUGUGUAUGACAUACGGGUUGGGAAAAAGGGUCCCAACGAUGCGAGGAGGGGAGGGGAAAACGAUAAGCGCAGCGAUGGGGAUAGUAAUAACCACCCUAGCAGAAAUGCAGACCCCGAUGGAGAUUCCAAAAAAAUCAACUCCUCAACGUCCAUCCUGAUGGAAAACUUCGAAAAGGCCACCAACCUACCCAAUAAUGCCCUCUCAGAGAUGUUCCUCCCUCUGUGCGAAUAUAAAUACACAGGGUACUUUUUCAAGCACAAAAUGGACGAAGAAUUUGUGAAUAACCAUACCCAGUUGUGUCUCUCCAUUAAUGAAAAGUGGAAAAAAAAAAUGGUGAAAAUUGCGAAAAUUAUUCAAACGUAUAAAAAUAGUAAAAUCAUAAUUAACGACUACAAAUUGGACAUUAGGACUUUGGAAAAAAACAUUACAGACGUGCUGCACAAUAAUUGCAUUCAUUUUGAUGAUAUAUAUAAUAGGAUAAGGAAGGAUGCCAAAAAUACGAGCAUUGAUUUGCCCUUAUUUAUGAAAGCGUUAAAUAACAUCGCCCUGCAAAUUAACAAUAUUUGGUUUUUGCGCAUAGAAAACCAGAGCGAGUUCAACAAGUGCAGGAAUGCUGUUAUUAAUAUUUUCCAAACGAACCAUAAUUCUGUUUUUUCAAAAAAUGAAAUUGUGAAGCAUGUGGAAAUGUUCAUCCAAUCCUCCUUAACCAUUCCUGAUAUUUAUUUUAGGAACAUCUUAAAGGAGUUCUGCGUUCAGAGGAAUGGAGUGUAUUUGUUUAAGGGCAACGACCAGCUGCGUGAGGGCGAGGCGGCUCGUUGCGCCUGAGUGGGGGGAAUCCCACGUGGGUCUGGCGAAAUGAGAAGCGAAAAGCGUAGCGAAAUGCACAGCGAAAUGCGCAGCGAAAAGUGGAGCAAAAUGCACAGCGAAUUGCACAGCGUAAUGCGUGGUGCUUCCCUUUUUAGUAAACACAGCGUGUAAUUUCGUUGGGACGGCGUCCUUUUUUACUUUUUUUUUUUUUUCCCCCCUCGCGUGGCGAAGCAUCCACACAGAGCUGUGGUACGGCUUCCUUGUGUGUCCCUCCGUCAGUUUAUCACUCACACACGCAGGUACACACCGGGUUAACCAAACUGUUGUGCGCGGUUGGAGCAGAUAUGCAAUGCAGUUUUGCGCUCGGCAUAUGGCCCAUUUUGAAACCUUACGUGAUUAUAAAGAAAAUAUAUUUAC